AUGAUCGGCAAGUUGUACCUCGUGGCAGCAGUGGUCGCCCAUGGUCUACCGGGGCUCGCCAGGACUAUCGAGCAAGAGACUGUGAAUGUGACAACAUCUGACACGGUUCGGCGCGGCGAACUGGCUAACGUUCAUCUAAAUUGGAUUGGUGAGCCACCGAGUCUGAUUGAGUCGAAGUAUGCCUCCUGUGACGGCCAGGCGAUUAGCGAAGAGCAGAUGAUUGCGCAUUUCAUUAUUCAAGAUCAGCCUCCCCAACGAUUGGUCUGGGCAGUCCCCGAGGAUGCUCCAAGCUAUCACUGUGUGUAUGUUUAUGGACGUGAUACAUCAGAUAACACACAGAGUCUGCUGGGGAAAAGCAGGCCGGUAUCUUUGCAGAAUAAACCAAAGAAGCGAUCAACAGCAGACACCAAUAUUCCGUUGUUGAAAGACUUUGACGCACUUGGAACAUGGUUCGACGGAGUAGCCAGUAUCAGGGACAAACUUGAAGCCACCGGAGGAGUCACUUCAGGGAGCUCACCAAAGAAUGCCUCGAUCGCGAUUGUUGGUGGAGGUAUCUCUGGUCUCGCGACAGGCCUGAUGCUAGACAGUGUCGGCGUGUACAACUGGGAGAUUAUUGAGGCCAGCGACCGUGUUGGAGGCAGAUUCCGAACCAAAUACGUUGCAGGCACACAGGAAUGGGCUGAGAUGGGACCCAUGAGGUUGCCAUACUCUGUGACCUACAAAGACGACAAUGAGACUCUCCUGUACUCCGACCACCAGUUGACAUUUCAAAUGGCAAACAUCUUGAACGAAAUGAACAAGAAUAACUCGCAGUGGAAGAUCGACUUUAUUCCCUGGAUCCAACAUAGUCCCAAUGAGCUACUUGCUCAAGGGACUCGUCGCCAUCCGGAUGGAAGGAUCCCAACACGCGCCGAAGUAGAGGCAGAUCCGAGUCUGGAGGACGCACCGGAUAUUACUACGGCCGAGUUCAAAAACACCCAGGAUCAGAUGGACAAGAUUCUUAAGAACGAAACAACUCUCAAGUCUCUUCAGAAGGAUGUGUGGAGAGCACACAAGAUUGCCAUGGACCAAGGCCUCGAUGACUGGAGCGAACAGGCUAUGAUGCGGCAUGUCUUCAAGGCUAGCGAAAAUGUCACCGAUGAGAUCUGGACUUCAUCCGACUACGACGUGUUCUGGGAUGAGUUGCACCACAACUCCAACCUGGGCUUGGAUGGCACAAAGGGUAGCUUGGGAGAGACCAAAUGGCUGUGCAUCGAUGGAGGAUUCAACCGUCUAUCCGACGCCUUUCUUCCACAUGUUCGCGACAGACUCACUCUCAACCGGAAGAUCAGAAAGUUGGAACCCAUCCAGGACAGCAAUGGCAACACUCGCACCCGACUAUCCUGGUAUCCCAGCAUCUCGAACCGGACGUACGAGUCCAAAGACUACGACUACACAAUCAUGGCCGCCCCAUUCACCAUGACCCGCUUCAUGGACUUGCCAAAGUUCUCAUCAGUCCUCGAUCGCGCCAUCAGCGAAGCAGGCGUCCGUUUCAAGUCCGCCUGCAAAGUUGCCCUCCUAUUCUCCGAGCGAUUUUGGGAAAAGGGCGACCGACCCAUCUUCGGCGGAUAUUCCAAACCUCCAAGUGACCCAGUCGGGGCUCUAUACUAUCCAGUCUAUGGCCUCAACGAGUCACGGCCGGGUCUGAUCAUGCACUACCGAGGCGGAGACUGGAGCGACCGGUUUGUGAGUUUCUCCGACGAAGAGCACGUUCAGACAGUGCUGGAUUCAAUUGUUAGUUUGCAUGGCGAGCAAGUGCGAGACUUGUAUACGGGUGAUUACGAGCGUCUCUGUUGGCUUCAGGAUGAGCAUACUGCGACUUCGUGGUGUCGGCCGGAUGUUGAGCAGCAUAAAUUGUACAUUCCGGCUUAUCAUCAGACGGAGCAUAACACCAUUUUCAUUGGUGAGCAUACUGCGCCUACUCAUGCUUGGGUUAGCUCUUCUUUGCAGUCCUCCGUUCGUGGAUCUGUCCAGUUGCUUUUGGGGCUGGGCUUGGUUGAUGAGGCAAAGGAGUUGAACCAGCGGUGGAUGGGGAGAUGGAUUAAACUAUGA